AUAGCAGACAAAAAUCAAAAAAGCCAGAGAAGCCACUCACUGAAACGACGGACGAAAAAAUAAAAUAUCACCUCGUUUCCUCAGCAAAACUCGAAAAAAAAACAGUCGACAAAAUAAACGGUUGACGGCGACUACGACGAGACAUAAAUUAACAAAAAAAAAAAUCCCCCAAAAACAAAACAAAUAAACAAUUAUUUAACAUAAAACGGAAGUUUUUUCUCAAAAUAAAUUAAACAGAAAAUUCACCAAAAAAAAAAAAUCAACUGCGAACCUUGUUUGACCUUUGAAGAAAACAAAAAUAAAAAAAAAAUAGAAAAAGAUUCGAUAAAAUAAAAAAAAAAUACAUAUUUUAAUCGAAAAAAUAAUGGCGGAGGAAGUUUUGGUGAAAAAUCCAUCGUCCCUUUACAAAAAAUGUUUAAUUUGCUAUGUGACCAAUUUGAAUUACAACGUGACGACAAUGGAUCGCGUCCAACAGCUUCGCUUUCUGCCUGCAGUUGUUCUUAAAGAUAUUUAUGCCAAGAUGUCACGAAUAGAAAAACUUAAAAGUAUGCUCUUCGAACAACUAUCCGAUCUAGAAAUAUUCUCUCGACUUCUCAACUUUGAUCCAUCACGACAAAAACUGUUCAAAUGCCUAACAUCUUUAAUGAGCAGCAACAAGCCUCUAGCUACUCAUUUACAAAACAAAUACAUCAUGAGAUAUCGACUAGCCCCAAAAAUGGUCGACAAGACAUCAUCAUUUGAAAUGAUAUCGAAAACUUCACAUCAAACAUUUGCCGAAGACUUUGACAUGGAUGCGAUAGGAUUUGGCAUGCGAUUGGGAUCGUUUUUUUCCGAAGCCGGUCUAUUGUCAGAGUCUAUUAAUAUUUUGUCAUGUGUUGCUAGUAGAUUGGAACAAAUGUCGGAUGAUGAUACAACAACUUUAGUUCGAUUAGAUUGUUUACAAAGACUCUUACAUUCGGAAGCGGCCUUAUGCAGUUUUAAAUCAGCUGAACACACAUUCAAACAAAUUACGAGUAUUCUCAAAAAGGUUCCCAAUGAAAAGAUACCCACUGGUCUUCUAGCAAAUGUCUACACACAAUUCUCAUCUAUGUACUUUGCAAGAAGCGAAUUCGACAGCAGCCACAAAUGGAGUGUUGUUGCUAUGGAAAAGCUAACGUCUAGCACGGCCGAUAAAAUUGCAAUUGAUGUAUUGCGACAGGCGGCGAAAUCGUGUGUGGUUAAGCGUGACUUCAAUCGGGCGAAUAUGUUGAUAUGCCAAGCCACUCGCAGAGCAAGAACUGUUUUCGGCAAAUAUCACCAAAAAUAUGCGGAUACUCUCUUAGACUAUGGAUUUUUCUUAUUAAAUGUUGAUUCUAUCAACCAAAGUGUUAACGUCUACAAAGAUGCACUCGAAAUAAAGCGUCAAAUAUUCGGAAAUCGAAACUAUCAUGUUGGCUUGGCACACGAGGAUCUCUCCUAUGCUUACUACGUGCACGAGUACAGCACGGGAAAUUUCCAAUGCGCCCGCGAACAUGUAGAAAAAGCUGUCGAUAUUAUGAAAGAUCUUGUGCCCAGUGAUCAUCUGAUGCUUGCAUCAGCAAAACGUGUCAAGGCGCUACUCCUCGAAGAGAUAGCACUUGAUAAAAUGGCUGCCAAUGGGGUGGACGAGGAUGGGUUACUAAAGCAAUCGGAAGAAUUGCACAAAUGUGCAUUGCAGCUAUCGCUCGAUGUGUUUGGCGAAAUGAAUGUACAAACUGCCAAACAUUAUGGUAACCUCGGCAGGUUAUACCAAACAAUGAGUAGAUUUGAGGAAGCAGAACAAAUGCAUCAAAAGGCAAUUAAAAUAAAAACCGAAUUGUUGGGACCCUAUGACAAUGAGGUUGGCCUGUCCAUAGGUCACUUAGCUUCCUUAUAUAGUUAUCAAAUGAAAAAAUACCGUGAAGCCGAAGAGCUGUAUUUGCGUAGCAUUGAAAUAAGCCUACGAUUAUUUGGCAAAUCAUACUCAGGGCUUGAGUAUGAUUAUCUAGGUUUGUGCCAUGUGUAUGAUACAUUGCGGGAAUUCGAGAAAUACUUGAAAUAUGCGUCAAUAUUGGAAAAUUGGCAAAUGUUGCGUGGCGAAAAUAGUAUGACAAAUAAACCAACAUAUCCUGAUACCAGUGAAGACAUAUCUUUGGAAGAGGUGAAGGAACAAUUUUUCGAAAUGAGCACACAAGUAACUAAAUGAAAUCCACAAUAACAACAACAUCAACAAAAAAAAACUACACCCAAAGACCUGAAACUCAAAGUAUAAUAUACUCUGCCUAGAAAACCA